GAGCGGAGGAGGAAAGGGUAGAGCAGACACAGAGAGUGUGUGCUAGUUGCCUUGUAAGGAAGUUCUUGAAAGCAGGAGUGGAACAUUCUUACAGGUGUUAUGCGUCAGAGUGUAGUCACGGUCAUGCGAAGCUUCAAAGGAGACUGAGAAAUGGAGGCUUUCUAAUGGGACCAGGGGCCCACCACAAAGUCAGGUUUCGCUUGUUCCUGGAAGAAGAGAAUAAACUAGCAGUCUCUGUCUCAAUCCCCAUAAUCACCUGUAGGCUUUAUACCCUGACUUUGGGCUGAGGUAAGGCCAUAAGUCGAGUGCCACCAAAGCCCAUCUCUUUGAUAUGGAAAAUAAAAUCUUCCCUGGGCAGUUUCACUUGGUAGCUGUAUGCUUCUAUCUCAUUGGCUAAAACUGGGUCACCUGAUCUUCCCAACCUCAAGAAAGUCUGGGGAGGUGAAUUUUUUAGCUGGGUACAUUACUAAUGUGAACAAAAUCAGGGUUUUGUUAGGAAGAAGAAGAGACUAGAUACUGGGUAGGCAGCUAAUAGUAUCUUUCACAGAGUGGGGAUCCGAAUUUAAAAGAAUUGUAACAGGGCAUUGAGUGUCCUGUAUUACCUAAAACCUGAUUGCAACAGGGCCACAACGAGAUGGAAUUUGGUAGUAUUAGUUGGAAAUAACAGAAAACCUAACCACAGUGGCUUAAAUAAAUAAAGGGUUUUUUCUCUCUCUCUCACCACAAGAAGGUUUGGAGGUAGGUGCCUGCUGGCAUUGUUCCUUAAUAUCACUGUGAAUCUCUUGGCUUUUUCUUCACAGUCUCAAGAUGGCAGCUGAAGCGCCAAACAUCAUGUCCACAUGCAAGACAAGAAGAAAGAGGAAGGAAAGAAAAUACACUAACAAUAAAAAUCUGGAUAAUGCCGCAGAAGCAGCUGAACAAUUUAAAUUAAUCCAAGCAGCAUAUGAUGUGUUGAGUGACCCUCAGGAAAGAGCAUGGUAUGAUAAUCAUAGAGAGGCUCUGCUUAAAGGUGGGCUUGAUGGGGAAUAUCAAGACGACAGCUUAGAUUUGCUUCACUAUUUCACUGUGACCUGUUACUCUGGUUAUGGAGAUGAUGAAAAGGGCUUUUAUACAGUUUAUCGUAACGUUUUUGAAAUGAUUGCGAAGGAAGAGCUAGAAUCUGUGUUAGAAGAGGAGAUGGAAGAUUUCCCCACUUUUGGAGACUCCCAGAGUGACUAUGAUACGGUAGUCCAUCCUUUCUAUGCCUAUUGGCAGAGUUUCUGCACUCAGAAGAACUUUGCUUGGAAGGAAGAAUAUGAUACACGACAAGCUUCAAACCGCUGGGAGAAACGUGCCAUGGAAAAAGAAAACAAAAAGAUUCGCGACAAAGCAAGGAAGGAGAAGAACGAGCUAGUGCGCCAGCUGGUCGCAUUCAUCCGUAAGAGAGACCGAAGAGUGCAGGCGCAUCGGAAGCUCGUGGAGGAACAGAACGCCGAGAAGGCCAGGAAGGCGGAGGAGAUGAGGCGGCGGCAGAAGCUGAAGCAGGCCAAACUGGCCGAGCAGUACAAGGAACAGAGCUGGAUGACCGUGGCCGACCUGGAGAAGGAGCUCAAGGAGAUGGAGGCACGCUACGAGAAGGAAUUUGGAGACGGAUCAGAUGAAGAUGACACAGAGGAAUCUGAGCUCAAAGAUGGGCAUGAUGGUAAAGACAGUGAUGAGGCUGAGGAUGCUGAGCUGUAUGAUGACCUUUACUGCCCAGCGUGUGACAAAUCUUUUAAGACGGAAAAGGCCAUGAGGAAUCAUGAAAAAUCAAAGAAGCAUCGGGAAAUGGUUGCCUUGUUAAAACAACAGUUGGAGGAGGAGGAAGAGAAUUUUUCAGGACCUCAAACUGAUGAAAAUCCAUUGAAUGCCAAUUCUGAGGAAGAAAUAGAAAAUGCACCAAAACAAAAGCUUUCCAAAAAGCAGAAGAAAAAGAAACAGAAACCAGCACAGAAUUCUGAUGAUAAUUUCAAUAAAAAUGGAACUGGAGAAGAAGUAAAGGUUGAAUCAGAAGAUACCAACUUAAAUCAAGACCGUGCCAAAGAAUUGGAUGGGAGUCCCCAAGAAAGUAUCAGUGUCACUGAGACUGUCGAAUUCUGUGAUGAUCCAAAAAGUGAAGCUAAGAAUGCUCCUAAACCCAAAGGAAAGAAAGCCAAAGAUAUGAAAAAAUCUGUCAAAGUACCUGCUGAACCACAGACAGUGAGUGAUGUUCUUAUCAGCUGUGCAACCUGCCAUAGUGAAUUUCCAUCCCGGAAUAAACUUUUUGACCAUCUGAAGGCCACAGGUCAUGCACGAGCACCUUCAUCAUGUUCUUUAAACAGUGUAACAAGUAGUCGAAGCAAGAAAGAGAAACGUAAAAACAGAUAGAAAUUCUGCCAACGCUUUUUCUUUUUGAUUGUCUCUAGAUUUUGAAACCAAAAACUGAACUGAAGUCAUCUAAAGAGUUAAAAUUUCGGUGAUCUGCAAUUUAUUGCAUUGUGGAAGAUUAUUUUUUAUCUUGUAAAAACAUUUUUUUUGUUUAAUAUAUAUUUUUUAAACAUUUCAUUAGUGAUUGAAUUCUACUUUGCCAUCUGAAUUGACUUGAAUGUCUCAAAACAGGUACAUACUGUAAAGUAUACAUUCUUGAUUUCUCUUGGCUCACAUGGACAGAAAUGUACAGGGAGAAUUAAAUUAUUUUAACACAUA